UCAACCAUCCUCCUCCUCACGACCCGCCCAUUUGCCGCUGCAGCCUGAACUCGGUCAGGUGUUCGUUGUCCAGCGACGUAAACUUUCCGUUUGGAAAACUAACUGGCCUUUGCGUCCAGAUUAACAUAGUCAGCGCCAUGCUUAGACGGAUACUUCAGAUGACCCCUGGCAAAGGAGGCUCCCAGAACACAGAGGCAGAGCAGCCCAGCACAGACCUAAACCAUGAUCAGACAUCUGAGGGCUUCAUCUGUCCUCAGUGCAUGAAGUCACACAAUUCUGCAGAGGAGCUGUUCAAGCACUAUGAGCUGUUCCACGAUACUGGAGACCUCCCUGCUCACAUGGCCCCCACUAGAGAGGACCUUACAAUGCUGCGUCAAGAAGUUCAGGACCUGCAUGCCUCUUUGAAGGAGGAAAGAUGGUUCUCUGGAGAACUCAAGAAAGAAUUAGACAAAGUUCAAGGACACCUGAAGCAAAGUGAUGGACAGCCAGGCUCAGAAGAUGGAGCCCUUGAGAAGAAGUUGAAUGAAGCAGAGACAGAGAAGUUCAACAUCAAGCAAAUGAAAGACCUGUUUGAGCAAAAGGCUGCUCAACUGGCAACAGAGAUAGUAGACAUAAAGUCCCGCUACGAUGAGGAGAAGAGCCUUCGGGAGGCUGCUGAUCAGAGGUUGGCCAAAUUGACUGACCAGCUCCAGAAGGAGAAGCUGGAAAAUGAGAGACUCCACACAGAGCUGUUACAGCGGCCAGGAGUGGAGGAUGUGGAGGUCCUGCAGAAGGAGCUGGUGCAAGUGCAGACACUAAUGGACAGUAUGACACGGGAGAGGGAGGAGGAGUCUGAACGGCUCAAAAGCCACUACGAGCAACUGCAGGCUAAUUACACUACCUCAGAGAUUCAUAAACUGGAGGUAACCAUAUCCCAACUAAAAGCAGAACUGGAGAAAGGUCCACAAGAAGCAGCUGUUUAUACCCAACAGAUCCACCAGCUUCAGAGUAAUCUGAAUAAUCUACAGCAGCAAAACCAGAACCUUUCUGAGAAGCUGGCAUGUAAGGAGAAGGAUUAUAAAAAACUGGAGGAGUGUGUGGCUGCGGAAAAAGCUGCCAGAAAGGGAGUCCAAGACAGCUUGAGGGAGAAGGAACUGGAGGUCCAAGAACUCCAGGUCCGAGCCACAGGAACGGAGUCCUCACUGAAGAAGACCCAGUCAGAGCUCGGAGACAGGUCUGAGGAGGUGGCAAAGCUGAAGAGUGAGAUUACAGAGCUGGAGAUGAAGUAUGCAGAGCUGAAAGUUGAGAGGAAACAGCUGGAACAACAGAGAGAGGAAAAGGAGAGCCAAGGUGCUCAGCAGCAGACUGAGAUUAGUCAGCUACAUGCUAAACUGCUGGAGGCAGAGAGGCAGCUGGGUGAGGUACAAGGUCGUCUGAAAGAACAACGGCAGCUGUCUGGGGAGAAACUGAAAGACCGUGAACAGCAAGCAGCUGACCUGCAGCUCAAACUCUCCCGCACUGAAGAACAGUUAAAGGAAAUCUCCAGUAAGAACACAGACCUGCAGCAUCAACUAGAGAAAGCCAAGCAGCAGCACCAGGAGCUGCAAGCACUUCAACAAAACACCAACGGCAAACUUCGUGAGGCUCAGAAUGAUCUUGAACAAGUGCUGCGUCAGAUUGGGGAUAAAGACCAGAAAAUCCAGAACCUGGAGGCUCUUCUUCAGAAAAGUAAAGACAUAGUAAGUCAGCUGGAAGCUGAGAGAGAGGAUUUAUGUGCCAAGAUCCAGGCUGGAGAGGGAGAGACGGCUGUCCUUAACCAACUAAAAGAGAAAAACCACACUCUACAAGAACAGGUGACACAGUUGACAGACAAGCUAAAGAACCAGUCAGAGAGCAACAAGCAAGCCCAGGAUAAUCUGCACGAGCAAGUCCAGGAGCAGAAGACCCUGCUGCGUUCAGCCCAGGACCGAGCACACACCCUGGAGACCUCAGUCACAGAGCUCACUGCACAGCUCGCAGACAGCAAGGAGAAAGUAGCCCAGCUAGAUGUGCAGCUAAAGGCAAAGACAGAAAUGUUGCUGUCAGCUGAAGCAGCCAAGGCUGCACUAAAGGCCAACCUUGAGAACAACCUGGAGACGGCUCAGCAUGCUGUGCAGGACAAGCAGCAGGAACUAAAUAAGGUUCAGAAGAAGAUGGAGGAGCAGGCCCAAAGGCUCAAGGAGAAACAGGAGCAGUGCACACAGAUGGAAGCCAGUCUGAAAGAAUGCAAAGAUAAACUGCUGGCUUCUGAACAACGUGUAGAGCAGCUUCAGGGCCUCAGUAAGAAAUUGGAGUCACAGGUGAAAGAAUUGCAAACAACAAGGGAUCAUACGCAACAGGAAGUGCAGAGGUUGCAAAAGGAGGGGUCAGAGAUAAAGCAGAAGGCUAAGGAGCUGCAGCGCUCACUGGACACAGAAAAAGCCGGGGCUUCAACACUGCAGGAGGAAUUAAAGAAAAAGGCUGCUGCUUUGAGUGACACCCAACAGCAGUUGGAGCGCUCUGAGCAGGAUAAAGCUGCACUUAAGCUGAAUCUGGACAAGGUGACCCAGGAAGGAAAGACCCAGCAUGCAGAGCUGGACAGAAAAGCUCAGAGUCUAGCAGCAGAGCUCCAAAAGGCACAGCAGGACAAGGAGGCUCAAAGGCAGGAGCUUGUCACUACACAGGAGAACGUAGCAAAGGCUAAUAAGGCACUGAAAGAGAGCCAGAGUCAGCUAGAUACAGAAAGGAAGAGCCAUAAGUCGGUCAUGGAUGAGCAGGGGAAGUCUUUUGAAAAAGCAAGACAGGAGCUCCUAAAGAUGAAUGAGUCCAUCACCAAGGAAAUAAAAGACUACAAAGAACAGCUGGAGCAGAUGAAAGCGACAGAGAAAGAGGUUAAAGGUCAGCUGACGUCGUUAGAGCAGCAGCACUUAAAAACUCAAGAGGCACUGAAGGAAAAGGAGAAAGAAAUGGGGAAGGUACAGGCACAACUGAAGACAGCACAUGGAUCCUUUGAAGAAGAGGUGAAGAAGCUGAAGGGCCAAGUGACGGAAUUACAAGGAGCCAAUGUCAAGAAAACUGAAGAGGAGAAUAAGCUGAGAACACAGAUUUCAGGACUUGAUCAUGAGCUGAUGUCAGAGAAAAAACGGACAGCUGAGUUACAGAAAGCCUUGGAGCAAAGUCAGAAAAGCUCCAGUAAGCUUCAGUCUGAACUCUACGGCAAAGAGUCUGAGGUCUCUGCCCUGCGUCAAGAUAUCAAGACUUCAGAGGAGAAGCUGAGCUUGGUCCAGGAAGAGCUGGCUGCUAACCAGACGCAUCAGACCAGUUUAGAGGCUCAGAUUCAGGAACUUAAGACAGGCAGGACCUCGCUGGAGCAGGAGCUCAGCAAACGGGACCAGAAGCUCCAGCAGCAGGAGCAAAAGCUGAAAGAGCUGCAGAAUCAACAGGGGCUAAUCAAGAAGGAACUGGAGAAGGAGAAAAGCAACGUGGAGGAGUUCAGCAAAGCCAAGGGUGUCCUGGAAAAGAGUAACACCAAGCUAACGUCUGAAUUGAAGGCACUGAAAGAGAAGAGUGAGAAGGAGCUGGGUGAGUUGCGGGAGGCCAAGCAGCUGUUGAUCCAGCAGAAGCUGGAGCUGCAGGGUCAAUUAGAGAAGCUUCAGGGGAGCCUCGAACAAGAGCAGAAAGAACACAAGGCCACCAAGGACAGCAGGGGCCAGAGAGAGAAGCUGCUCCUUGCCCAAACCAAGGAUGUGGAGGAUCAGCUGGCGGCGGAGAAGCGUGCCAGAGAGGAGCAGGUGAAGCGUGGAGAGGAGGCCGAGGCUAAGCUGGGCGUGCAGGUGACGGCGCUGAACGAAAACGUGGCCACUCUGAAGAGGGAGUGGCAGGGCAGCCAGCGGAGAGUCGGUGAGCUGGAGAAGCAGACGGACGAACUGAGAGGAGAGCUGGCUGUGCUGGAGGCAACCGUCCAAAACAACCAGGACGAGAGACGGGCGCUCCUAGAAAGGUGUGUGAAGGGUGAGGGGGAGAUCGAGAAACUGCAGGCCAAAGUGGUGGAGCUGAGGAGGAAGGUGGAGGACACGACAGCAGCCAUGCAGGAGCUGGGCAGAGAGAACCAGUCGCUCCAGAUCAAGCAGUCCCAGAGUUUGACCAGGAAGUGGGCCGAGGAUCACGAGGUGCAGAACUGCAUGGCCUGUGGGAAAGGCUUCUCUGUCACCGUCAGGAAGCACCACUGUAGACAUUGCGGGAACAUUUUCUGCGCCGAGUGCUCGUCGAGGAACGCCCUGACGCCGUCCUCCAAAAAGCCGGUCCGAGUGUGUGAGACGUGCUUCGAGGAGCUCCAAGGCUGAGCACCCCCUCCCCCUCCCCUCCCGCUCCUACUCCAGCGUGCACAGGGAGGCGUGUCUUUAUUGUAUUUAAUGUGCCCUAUAAACAACAUACCCAGACUUCCACCUGCGUAUGACUUAUGGCUCUGGUGUGGAGGGGAACUAACACACAGAACCCGCAGGAGUGGUGGGAGUCGGUGGUGUUGUCUGCAUCUGUUUUGUGCCUUUUGCUGCUCCUGUGGACUGCCAGACAGCGGAGACAGUGAGAACUAAACACCAUCCGUCGCUUCAGUUCACGCUCACGUCUCCAUCAUCGUUUGCAUCAUUUGCAUUCGCCAAGUCGUCCGCUACAGUCGUGCAUUGUGGAAUGUCGGGAGGUGGAAGGCCACUGUGGCUCUGCAGGAGUGAAUGGGGAAGUAAAUGUAAUAGUGAUGAAUCCGUGCCGCCAUACAAAGGUAGAUGCAGCUAAUACUGUCAUUUUGCUCAAAAAGGACUUGUAGAUGGUAAACAUGGUGUGAAGGCUUUUCAUUAUUUGUAAAUUCAACCAAACAAAUCAGAUUUUUAAAUAUUUUAGUAGCAAUUAAAAAGAGGGUUUAAAAAAAUUGACGACCCUAAAGUAAACACUCACCAGUCUGUUAUUUCAGCAGGCAUUCUCUCAGAUCGGCUUGUGUUUUCUUUGUGUGGCAGCAUGUUUGUGAUUUCGCUCAUGUAUUCGGACGAUUUCAUGACCAAAGAAUGUCUGUAGCAGGAACGCAGGCCAGAGGAAGCCCCGAGCUGAGUCUGUCAGUAUUUCUCUAUGCCUCCUCCUGCAUUUCAUUUCAUGGGGUCUGACCUUUUUAACUCGUGUAUGUGUGACGUGAGAGGCAUUUUUACGUCGAGUCGGUUGUUUUUGCUGUGAUGCAUGUUGGUUUUUACACACUGGUGCUUUUCUGCAGACUGGUGAUGCAGUCAGAGACGGUGCCAGCUAAUUUUGUUUGUGUCCUGCUAUUUGUCUCUAUUGACUGCUUGGUGUGUGUGUGUGUGUGUGUGUGCGUGUGCGUGUGUGUCAUUUUCAUUGUUUUGUCUGCUGAGCUGCACUGUAUGGGCGCUCAGAACAUCUGAUUCAGUCUGGGGUCUGUGCUGCCUUCAGGUUCAGCGGGAGCUGUCGCUUCUCCGUCCAACCUGUCCGCAACUGCAAACACUGUAACAGUUCAUUCCUCCUUUUGUGUAAUUUAUAAUUGUUGGCAGAUAUUUUACAUCCUUUGUGCAAUUGUCUUAGGGACUGGAGCAGGUGAUAACACUGUAGGCCAGGAGGCGGUGCAGGCUGGCAUUUUGGGGCAAGCAGAUUUUUCCAGACUUGCCAAAUUAGUUCUUUCUGCGAGUGUUAUUCUUACAGACGAAUGUCCAAUAUGUAUCAGUUACAAGGUCUCACACCUCUAAUUGAGUGUUUUGUUUUGUCAUGUCUACCUCAUAUUGGCACAGGAGAAGCACUAUUCAAGUUCACAAAUGUUUGCGGAACUGUUUGCAUUUGCGAGCAGUCGUGGUUUAUCAAGAUGUACAGUCCCUUUGAAUCUAGACAUGGUUUGCACCUUAUCGCGCUCUGGGUUGGUCCUUGUGAGAACCCGGCCACACAUGUAGGACCACCAACUUUAUACAGGCUUCAGCAUUUAUAGCCCACGCGUGACAUCAGUACUAUGGCUGUCAUAAUUAUCUUUGUAAAUGUUUGUAAUGAAGAAGAAAUCAUAGGAAAUAUCAAUCACGUGUUAAUGUGAAAGCGCAACGGCAGUGAACCUUGUCAUCGGCGUGUUCUCGUCUCUGCAGAGCGCCACCACAUGCCCGUACACACUGAGAUGUGGCUUGCUUCGUGUCGUGUUCGUGCGUCGUCGGGCGCGGUGGCGUCAUUGGCCUCCGGCUCUCACAGCUCCCGCGUGUUUAGAGUUGUUGUCGUUGUGUUGGUGGUUGUGACGGUGCGCCUCAGGCCGUUCACCACCGCUCACGGUGACUUCAGCUCACGCGAAGGAACGGGAGAAAUAAUGUAAUUUACAUUCUAUUGCACCGUUUGAUUUUCUAAUCCAUCAUCAGGACAAACGUAAAUAAACAGUGUUUUUAUUUCUA